AUGUUUUUUGAAGUUUGUGAUUAAACACAGAAAAAAAAAUUUAUUUGUCGAUGAUGGAAUAAUGAAGAGACAUUGAAUUUGUUCGUUUGUUUGUUGUCGUUGUUCACAAAUUUUUGAACAUUUUUUUUGGUUAUAUUUCCAUAUGGUUGAUUUAUGGGGUUUUUCUAUCGACGAAACCAUCGCCAAUCAAUAAUAAUUAUCGGACAAAAUGUUCAAAAUGGCCGAAAUAAUUGGAUUGAUAAGAAAAUUACCAAAACUAUUCUUUAUUAUGAUAUUUCGUGAUCUCGUGUGUGCAAUAUUAUUUUUCACAUUUCAAAUACGUAUUCGAUGGAUCAUACGUAGAAAUCGUGUUUUGGUCAAAUAUUUUGAUUAUAAUGUUCGCCGUCAUCCAAACAAAACGGCCAUCAAUUAUAAUGGUGAAUGUUUUACAUUUCAAAAUGUUUAUGAUCUUGCACAGAAAAUAUCCAAUUGGAUCGAAGAAUCAUUACAACUUGGCCAUGAUGAUGAAUGGGAACGAUGUAAUAGUCCUAAACAAACCGGUGAUGAUGAUUUUCCAUUGAAUCGUGAAGCGAAAAUUUAUCGAAAAUUCGAAAAUAAUGCACGUUGUACACAGAUUGGUCUUAUGUUUGGUAAUAUACCGGAAUUGGCAAGUUUCAUAAUCGGUAUUGCACGUGUUCGUUGUUCAGCUGUAUUGUUCAACACAAAUAAUCGUCGUGAUCUAUUAUUGAAUGCAUUUCAUGCAACAAAUUGUAAAGUGUUUAUUUUUGAAUCAAAAUUUCUUUCAGCUAUACAAGAAAUAGCUCCACAACUGCCCGAUAUUCGAUUUUUUAUGUAUGAUCGAAAUGAAUCGAAAAAUAUUCUUAUUGAUCCCCAUUAUAAUGGUAUAAGUCGUCAGGAUUUAGAAUCCAAAUAUGAAGAUCCAAAAUGUCAAAAAUUUGCUGCCAUCUUGAAUGCUUAUCCAAUAACAAUGGUUAAAAAAAAUUAUCCAUAUAAAAUGUCCGAUAUGAUACAAUUUAUGUUCACAUCCGGUACAACCGGUGGUAAUAUUAAAUGUGUACCUGUGGACAAUAUACGUUAUAUUGGUGGAAAUCUUUCACAUGAAUUAGUAUUCGGUUUUCGUCAUUCGGAUCAUUUUUAUGUUUGUCUACCUUGUUAUCAUGCAUUUGCCGGUGUUAUUGGCUUGAGUACGAUAUUCAUCACUGGUAAUACGAUUACAUUGGCUGAUAAAUUUUCAGCAUCAAAAUUUUGGAAUGAUUGUCGUAUAAAUCAAUGUACAAUUGCGUUAUAUAUUGGUGAAAUAUGUCGAUAUCUUCUAGCACAACCGGAACAUUCGGAUGAUCAACGCCAUUCAUUACGAAUGAUGUUUGGUCUUGGCCUAAAUAAAGAACAUUGGAUUAAAAUACGUAAACGUUUUAAUAUACCAAAAAUUGCUGAAUAUUAUGGAUCAAGUGAAGGAAAUAUUCUUAUUGCCAAUCAUCAAAACGUACCUGGUUCAUGUGGUUUCAUUCCAUAUUAUUAUGGUCCAUUACUUUAUACAUUGUGGCCAUGUCAUAUAAUUAAAGUGGAUCCAAUUACAUUGGAAUUGGUUCGUGAUUCAAAAACCGGUCUAUGCAAAAUGGCACGUAAUGGUGAUCUAGGUAUGAUGGUCGGUGAAAUACGUAAAGGACAAAUUUUCACCGAAUAUCUUGGAUAUACAUCUGCGAAAGAAUCUACUAAAAAAUUAAUACGAAAUGUUCGACAACAUGGUGAUUUUGUUUUCAUUUCUGGUGAUCUAAUGGAAAUGGAUUUUUAUGGUAAUCUUUAUUUUAAAGAUCGUACCGGUGAUACAUAUCGUUGGAAAGGUGAAAAUGUUUCCACAACGGAAAUUGAAUCAAUUAUAACACAAUUUAUUAAUCAUCAAGAUUGUAUUGUUUAUGGUGUCAUUGUUCCUGGUCAUGAAGGCCGAUGUGGAAUGUUAGCAAUCAAUAGUAAUAAUAAUGAAAAUAAUAAUCAUCAGAUUAAUCUAGAUUCUUUAUAUGAAUUUAUGAAAAAUCGUAUACCCGAAUAUGCUAUACCAAAAUUCAUACGAUUCACACGAAAAAUUCAAUUGACUAGUACACAAAAAUAUAUUAAAUAUCCAUUACGUGAACAAGGUAUCGAUCUAAAUCGAUUAACUGAUGAUGAUCAAAUAUAUUAUUUUGAUCGUAUCAAAGAAAAAUAUCAUCCAAUGAAUCAUGACAUCUAUGAUAAAAUAAUCAAUGGUUUCAUACAAUUCUAA